AUGUCAACAGUCUACUGGAAAGACGCAAGUGACCUCUCACGCCAGGAAUUAUGCCGUAUCUACGACUCUCUUCCCGACAAAAUCUACCCAUGCAAAAUCCCAAUAAGCGAUAAAUCGAGUAUCGUUUUGAAUAUUCUUGAUCUCGCACCGGACUACUUCGCACCGGGAAGAAAAUUCGUCUUCAAAUCGCAACCAGGAGUGGUCGAGUUUCAGAAGGACAACGACGGGUCCAAUGUCGAGCUUCAAAAAUUCGCAAAGCCGCAUCACAAACUCAACAUCGCACAGAUCCAAGCAUCCUCCACCGCUGAUUCUCUUCAAGCGCUGAUCUCAUCAAUGAAAGUUGAAAGCGACAUAAGUGAAGCCGAAUCAAGUGAUGGAAGUCUAUCUGAAGAUUCUCUGGAAGACCCGGACGAAACGGUUAUCAACAACGAUCGCAAAAAGGAAAAGGUCAAAAAAGAGCCGGGAAACAAUCACUCGAAGCAAAAAGGUCAAAAUGCUCGACGUCGAGAAAAAGAAUUCAAAGCCAAAUCUCCGCGAAUUCCGAAAUCAAAGAACUCAAUGAUAAAACCGGCAAAAUAUUCGAGUGACCUCCCAAUCGACUCAUUUCUGCAGCAGAUGGAACUGUUUCAGAUGUGUAACCAGAUAUCCGAGCAAGACCUGAUCGCUAUAUCAUUGUCUCAAAUGAUGAACGAUGAGUGUGGAAUAAGUAUUCGACGAGCUUUGAAAGCAGAAGAAUUGGUAUCUUGGUCAGCUUUUUCAAAAAAGCUCACUCAAAUAUUAGGACGGUCAAAAGAUCAUUAUCGUCACAAAUUGAGAACAUACCAGAGAGGAGACGAGUCAACCGGGAUCUGCUUGGCUAAACUGACGGACUGGUUCAUACAAAGCUACGGAAGAGAAGAGCUCAGUGAAUCAGACUCAGACAUGCUGGUCGAACUUUUCAUCAACGCUCAGCAGAAUGAUCUCAAACGACUUCUGAACCGAGAAAAAUCGUCUCUCACGUAUGACAAUAUAUCUGCAAGAAGUGCAGAAUUGGAAAGAUCGAUUGGCUCACCAACACAGGACCAAAACUUGUUUGCGAUCGAAUCACAUCACAAGUCGUACAUCGAGUCUCAAAUAAACAUGCUCAGAUCGGAAAUGAAACAGAAAAUGGAGAAAAAUAGCAGAUCAACAGAAAAGAAGGAUGAAAAGAAACCAAGACAAAAACGAGUUGACGUUCGAAAAAUGGAAGGACACUGCAUCACAUACACAAAACACAAGAAAUGCAAAUACGAAGGAAAUUGCAAAUACAUUCACAAAGAUCAGACUAUCCUCGCAUCCUGCAUCUCAAACAAGCUCGUAUUCGUAAAUGUCAAAAUCAACGGUUAUGAAUGGCCUGCUCUCGUAGACACUGGUGCAACUCUCACGGCACUCCGAUCUCAUCUACCCGGCCUUCCAAGAAAUUUCUCCUCUUCGAAAACUCCAGUUACGAUAGCCAACACUGUUAUUCACACAAACACUCUCAGCGAAAGUAUCAAUAUCUCGAUCGAUACCAACUCUUCACCGCUAAUAAUCAAAGUUAAACCGCUCAUUAUCGAAAAUCUCUCCGUUCCCUGCAUCCUUGGUAUGGAUGUGCUGCAACAAUUAUCGCUCACUGCUGGCAACGCAUCAAAAACGAUCCAAAUUAACAAAAAAAAAGUUAAAAGAGUACCACUUCGCAAAUCUCAUGCAAUCAAUGCAAUCAUUGAAGUCGACGACAUCGAUGCAGACAAACGAGAACUGCAUAAAUUUCAAUCUGAGAGAGAAGAAAAAGCAACAGAAAUAAAUUUUAUCCCAGAAAUUGCGUCAUUCGGAGAUACUAACCCCGAUCAAAAGAAAAAACUGUACGAUCUACUAGUCGAGCUAAGGCUUGCUUGCAGUAUGGGAGAUUGGGAUAUUGGUCAGCUUGCUUACCUUCGGUUCUCUCUUCCUCUCCACGACGAGACGCUUAGUGCUCACAGCGCCCCUCGACGUGUGCCGAUACACUUACAGCCAAAAGUUCAACAAAAUCUCAACGAAUGGCUCGAUCUAAGAAUAAUCUCAAUGGCUCAAAGUGCAUUCAACAUACCUCUGCUCAUUCUUCAAAAACCCGACUCAAGUAUCAGAAUAAGUCUUGACGCUCGCGAACUCAACAAACUUCUGGUAUCCGAUCGGUUCCCGAUACCACAUCUCAGCACAAUAUUCACAAGAAUUGGAGAAAAACUCACAAGUGGAAAAGAAUGCUACUUCUCACAAGUCGAUUUCUCGAGAGGUUAUUGGCAAAUCAGAGUCGCUGAUAACGAUACGAAGAAACUCGCGUUCUCAUACAACUCGAAACACUAUUGCUCAAAUAGAAUGCUCUACGGAACAAGUACUGCACCAGCAGCGUUCUCGAGGGUCAUGGACAGACUCUUCAAUCACCCAAAUAUCCUCAUCUAUUUGGAUGACAUUAUCAUUCUCAAUAGUAAUUUCACGGAGCAUUUACAAACAUUGAGGUUUGUAUUUCAAAAGUGUAUCGAUAAUGGACUUCUUCUGAAUACCAAGAAAAUGAUUCUCUGCAAGUCAUCCACUGAGUUUCUUGGACAUCGGAUAUCGAAAGAAGGAAUCACGCUCACGGACAAACAUAUCAAAUGCAUCAAAGAUCUUCAGCCUCCAACGGAUAGACAAUCGCUCAAACGAGUCCUUGGAAUGAUCAACUACAACAUCAAAUACAAAGAUGCUUCACUGAUCUUACGUCCUCUGUAUCAACUAACAAGCUCAAAGGUCAACUUCGAUUGGAAAGAAGAACAUCAAACCGCCUUUGAAAUCAUUCGCAACAAACUUCUCGAAAGACCCUCUCUUGGUCACUUCAAAACUGAUGCACCCCUCACUGUUGUCUCCGAUGCGAGUGGACAUGCCAUGGGUGGUUGUCUUUAUCAAUGUCAGGAUGAUCAAACCUUCACAACACUUGGAUACUUCUCAAGACCAUUCAACAAAACAGACAGCCGGAGAUCCAUGAGAGAAAAAGAAUUGAUCGCUCUAAUGGAAAAUAUCAAAUACUUCGAAUACUAUCUAAUCGGAGUGGAAUUCACAGCAAUAACGGAUCACAAUAGUCUCUUAUACCUUUACAAAGAGCACUCGAAGAAAGCUCUCGACAAUCGACUUGCGACAAUUCAGCACUAUCUUCAGAAUUUCUCUUUCAAAAUUCUGCAUCGACCUGGCCACGAUCCGGUUAUGGCAACCGCAGACGCUCUCAGCAGAAUCCCAAAUUCACACUCAUCACAAUUAGAAAAAGGAGCAAAAGGUUUCGAAGAACCAUCUGACACAAUCUUUGCGCUCAUCAAACCAGACGAUUCAAGAAAAAUUUUUGAAUUCGAAAAUCGUUCCUUCACGUACGAAGAAAUGGCAAAACUUCAGUUUGAGUGUCAAAAUACUCGAAAUCUCAUUGAAAAAUCGAAGAAAAAUCCAUCCAAGAAGUUCAAACAAACUAACGGUGUUUUGUUUGCUGACAAUCGAAUCGUUCUCCCAGAAUCGGUUUCGAAUGAAUUCUUGAAUUAUCUCCAUGUUCUCACAGCUCACUGUGGAUGCAAAGCCCUCAUGAAUCUGGUCAAACGAUUCUAUAUCCACAAGGUUCAAGAUCGUGCUCGCUCAAUAACCUCAAGCUGCGCAACCUGUCUCCGGAUCAAACCUCAGAAGAAACUCAAACCAAGCAUGAUUCCGAAUAGAUUUUACGAGUCCACUCCAUUCAGAAAAGUUCACAUCGACUUGGUUGACUUCUACAGACAAGAUUCAACUAACAAGAGGUAUCUACUCACAUGUAUCGAUGAGCUCACCUCAUACCUGGAUGGCGAACCACUUCACAGCAAAAGCGAUGCUCUCGUCUCUCGAGGACUCCUCAAGCUCAUCCUCCGCCAUGGUAUCAAUGGUGUCAUUGUGUCUGACAACGGUAAAGAAUUUGGGCCUCUCUGUAAAGAAAUAUUGCAACGAUUUGAAAUCACUCACGUCACAACUACUGCUUACCGAAGUAUGUCAAAUGGAAAAGUUGAACGAUCACAUCGCGACAUUGCAAAGUUCAUCAAAACUCUUGGCGGAAAUAGUAGAAAUUGGUCGCUUAAGUGGCCUGAAGCGUGUUAUCACAUGAACAACCUUCCAAGAGAAACAUUGGAUUCUCUCACACCAAACGAAUGCGUCUUUGGUCGGUCAUUUCACGUUCCCUACAAGAUUGACUCAAUUGAUGGAAAAAGAGAGCCCUUCGUGAAGGCUCUGAAUGAGUAUUUACGUGAACUUCACCCAUCAUUAAUGCGACUUCACAUGGAUCGAUACAACAAGCUUGUAAUGAAUGACAAAAACAGCGCUCCUGUCCUCAAAAUUGGAACAAAGGUGUUGACGUACAAGCCUGAUCACACAAGUGGAAAACUUGGUAUCAAUUGGGAUGGUCCAUUCUACGUCAAAAAUCGAAUCUCAAAAGACUCAUAUAUUCUAAUGUGUCCUAAGACAAAACGCACAUAUCGCCGCCAUCUUCAAAAUAUUCGUCCAUUAAAAGUCUUUGAUGAAAAAGAGAUCAAGGCGAAUAUCACGACGAACGAGGAAAUAAAGGGAAAUGCUGACAUCACAGAUGACGAUGCUCCUAAACAAAAGCUUCCUGAAACAAGCAAAUCUCAAGACUCACUGGAUCUGGAAAGUCUUUUCAAGGAAGAAGAUACCUGGUCAAAACGUCUCAGACCAAGAAAGUGA